UCACGUCACCAGAGCCUUUAUAAAACCAGAAAAUUGCAAAGUGAAACAUUCAAUAGUUUACAGUAUAAGCUUUUGCUAUAAAAAAAAUAUCCUAAUAAAAUGGUAUAUAAUUUUCGCAUUUUCAAAAAAUGCUCUCCCAAUGGUAAACUCACAAUUUAUUUGGGAAAAAGAGAUUUUGUGGACCAUAUAUCUGAAAUUGAGCCUGUUGAUGGAGUGGUUGUAAUUGAUGAUGAUUAUAAAGACCGCAAGGUGUUUGGUCAGAUUGUGUGUAGUUUUCGUUAUGGAAGAGAACAAGACGAAACAAUGGGUCUCAAUUUCCAAAAGGACUUAUAUUUAGCCUCUGAGCAGUUGUAUCCACCACCAGAAAAAUAUAAUACUACGAAACUUCAAGAUCGUUUAAUAAAAAAACUAGGUCCCAAUGCAUUUCCGUUUACUUUUCGCCUUCCACCAAAUGCCCCAUCUUCUGUUACAAUUCAGCAAGUCUUUAAAAAUGAAGUUGAUUACACAAUUACAGGACCUGACGAAGAAGGUAAGCCAUGUGGGGUGUAUUACUAUAUAAAAUUGUUUGUCGGCGAAAGUGAAAUAGAUCGACCACAUAAACGCAGUUUGGUAUGUCUGGGCAUUCGCAAAAUACAAUUUGCCCCAUCAAAACAAGGAAGGCAACCUUGUACCGUUGUCCGAAAGGACUUUAUGUUGAGUCCUGGAGAACUAGAACUUGAAGUUACUCUAGACAAACAGGUAUAUCUUCACGGCGAAAAAAUUGCGGUGAACGUUUGCAUAAGAAACAACAGCAACAAGGUGGUGAAGAAGAUUAAAGCGAUGGUUCAGCAAGGUGUGGACGUAGUAUUGUUUCAAAACGGCCAGUACAGAACUUGCGUUGCUACCAUCGAAACUCAGGAAGGUUGCCCAAUACAUCCAGGUUCCAGCCUACAAAAAAUCAUCCAUUUGACGCCUCUUCUGAUCUUUAACAAAAACCGACGAGGAGUAGCUUUAGAUGGGCAACUGAAAGAUGAAGAAACAUCUUUAGCUUCAACUACAUUAUUAGCUUCAUCCGAUCCAAGUGACGUAUUUGGUAUCGUCGUUUCUUAUGCUGUUAAAGUCAAACUAUACUUGGGAGCUCUCGGUGGAGAAUUGACGGCCGAAUUACCAUUUGUUCUUAUGCAUCCUUGGCCUUCAACAGAAAAGCCAGCUGUAAAAGAAAAAGAUACUUCUGAUAGUCCCGUCAAUGCAUUUCAGCAUCAAGACACCUUUGAUAGAGGCGCAAUUUCGGACGAUGAUUCAAAUUAGUUAUUCAAAACAUGAAUAUUAACAAUUAAAAAAGAAAUUUAAACAUUAAAAAUAGCUUCAUACAGACUAUAGGAUUCAGAUACUAUAAACCAAAAUAUAAAUAACA